AUGGAGUUCACCUUCGCCGAGCUCACCAUCGCCACUAAAAGUUUCUCCUUGGAUACCAAAAUCAUUGAUGGGGCCGGAGUCGAACGGCGGUCACCUAUUAGCGAGGGCAGCGGGGACGGUGGAUACAUGGAUAUUGAGUACUACGGGCUCCACCAUUUGAUAGUGAAGAGUGACGUCUACGAGCUUGGGGUGGUGAUGUUGGAGGUGUUGACGGAAAAAAGAGCGAUCUUUAAGAAUGGGGAGGGUGGGGAUCCAACUAGCGUGGUGGACUAUGCGGUGCCGAGGAUCGUAGCCAGAGAGUUGGCACGGGUGAUAGAUUCGCGGGUGUCGUCGUCGGAGGCGAACGAGAUGGAGGCAGUGAAGAUGGUGGCAUACACCAUGGUGCACUGCAUGAGCCUCGAGGGGAAGGAUCGGCCCUUUAUGGCUGACGUCGUCACCAAGCUCGAGAGAUUUCUUGCGCUUUGCGAGGAUAGCCAUGGCAGCAUCUCCAGCACCAGCAUCUUCCUCGCCUCUGUCGAUUGA